AGCCACUUGAAUAAAAACAAAAAAAAAAAUAAAUAAAUAAAAAAUCAAAGCAAUUUGGUAACUUGAAUGAGCCUGGGGCCAAUAGAAAAUUCGAUAUUGUUCAGAGGUCGUCUGGCUUUUGGAUAACCCCUCUUCUCUUCACUCAUCUCUUUCAUUUUCAAACAACUACCAAUAACAUUGAAUAACUAGGCACGUCGUUUUGUGAUUGUCACUAAAAUACAGUCAAAAGAUCGAUGCUAAAACUAUCGAUGUGCGACCUUUGAUAAAUUUACAAAUUAAUUUUAAUUUAAUCAAGAGUUUGUUAGUCAUUACUUCAAAGCUAUCAAAAUAAUAAAAUCAAAUUAAUCAGUAACACUGUGAUAUAUACUUUAAUUCAACAACAACAAAAAAAAAACAAAAUAAAUUAUUUAAAAACAAAAAAAAAACAGAAAUUGUGAUUCGUGUUAAACGCGAGUUUGUCAAUUAAUCAACCUAUGGUUAAUUAAUAUACGUGUAUUGUGUCAAGUCAACAGUGCGAUACGUCGCAACGACAAUUGUUUAAAUAGUGAAUAAAUUUUAUCAAAGUGACUUCGACAAAGUGCAACCCGGACAAGAAGAUCCCCCAGCUGUAUCCCCGUGACGUUAUUGUCAGCAUCAAUGAUAAGGGAAACCCGGGUAUUGAGUUGAGUACCGUCAACUUCUCGGAGCAAGAGCGGCUAACCACCGCCCUGACACGUCACUAUGCUUCAGUAAUGGACGGUGAGGGAACGUUGGGACGUGGUCAUGCCAAUGGGGGCCGUGGUUUGCGCCGCCAACGGUCCCUUGAAUGGCGAGAAAGGCGCGGAUAUGGACCAAGUGCUCAAUCUAGUAGUGAUGAUGAUGAUGAUGACAAUACACGACAUGCUAUUGGUCCAACAUCAGCUGGACCCAGAAAUGCUAGAAGUCCUGGUCAUGUUUUUUCUUCACUUCUAGUACAACAAAAAUUCAAUGGUUCUGCAGAUCGUGUAUAUAGAACUGGAUCAGAUACUGAGGGUACAACAAUAACAGAUAAUAUCACAGCAUCAUUUCCAGCACAAUCAGCAAUUAUUACGAGCAACAAUCAUCGUCAAGCCUCACCCUUUCCAUUGGAAAGUACAAAUUCACGAAGACACCAUUACAAUGGAAGCACUGCAUCCGAACGAUCACGAAAUGGAAAUGGUGAAACAGUAUACGCAGCGUCAGCUAAAAAAACAGGCUCAAGUAAUGGUGGUGGUGGUGGUACUCUUGGGAGGCGCAAUCGACGAGGUCAGCACAACAGUGCCUUGAGCUCAAGUUCAACAGCGAGUGAUCGAUCUGAGACAAUAUUCGCAGAUGAGCAUACAAGAAUGCAACUCAAUAAUGAUAAUGGUCGAGACUCACCACCAGAACCAGCCCCACCAGAAGUACCACCACGUGGACCAUCCUUACUGGCAACCCACACAAUUCGUGCUGUUCAACAAAUUCGUAAUGGUGCUCCAGCAAAUAAUACCAGUGGUGGUGUAUUCAAUCCAGCAUCUGAGGAUGUUCAAUCCGAGUCAUACACAGACUUUUUGAUGUCAUCAGGAAGCCCAAGAAAUUAUUCAGCUCGAUCACCAGGAGUUACAUCAACGCCAACAGUAACAAGAUUGCCAAAUCAACAACAACAACAAGUUACUGUUGGAUCACUUGGUAGUGGUAUGAGUACAGGUGGUAGUACUGGUACACCAGGUAAUGGUGCACAAGGACAACCUCUUGUUAUGCCUGGUUUUCCUGUUCGUGGUGCUGCUGUACCACAUUAUUCACCUUAUUCACCAUCACGUUUUCAUAUUGACAAACGUUGUCAGCAUCGUUGCUCAUGGAAAUGUUUUUCAUUUGGACUUAUAUUCCUCAGUGUUGCAUUAACAGCUAUGCUAGCAUAUUUUGCAACUGUUAGUUCAAUGAGACCAAUUGAUAGUGCCAAUUGUAUUUUGGAUCAAGAUGUCAAAACUGUAACACAUGAAAAUUCAAAUAUACAUGAUUCUAUAUCAACACAAAUUCCAACUGAAGAAUCAUUGCCAACAAGUACAGCUGAACAUUCAAGUGCAUCUUAUAAUAGUGCUGAACAACAAAUUGAUCCACAAACACAACAAUCAGCUCAACAAUGGCCAGCAGUACUUGAAUUACAAGAAUACAAUGUUCUUCAUUCAACAGUUAUUUUACCAUAUCACUUUUGGAAUUCAGAAUUUCGUAACAAACAAUCAGCUUUUAUUCGAUUAAAUUUAACUUUACCAUGGGGUGCUAAUUUUGCUGUUUAUGGAAGACGUAAUGUUGCACCAAGUGUAACACAAUAUGAUUUUGUUAAAUUUGUCAGAGGUGGUAGAGUUGAUCAACGAUUAAAACGUGAUAUUAAUUCACCAAGUGGUUCUGCUGUUAGUUUUAUGGAUUAUCAUUCAAUAACAAAUGAUUAUUCAAUAAAUACCAAUGAUCAUCAACAACAUAGUAUUGUUAAAAGAACAAUACAUGAACCAAUGCUUGUUAAUGUCAGUUUAUUACAAUAUUUUGAUACUGGUAGAUGGUUUUUAUCUGUAUACAAUGAUGAAUUACAACCAUAUAAAGUAACACUUGUUGUUACUGAAGCCGAGGGUGUCUCAACAACAUGUCCAAAUGAUUGUUCUGGACGUGGUUCAUGUUACCUUGGUAAAUGUGACUGCAUGGAUGGCUAUCAGGGUGUCGAUUGUAGUAAAAGUGUAUGUCCAGUAUUGUGUUCAUCUCAUGGACAGUAUGGUGGUGGUGUCUGUCAUUGCGAGGAGGGAUGGAAGGGAGCUGAGUGUGAUAUACCGCUUGGUGAUUGUCAAGUUCCCGAUUGCAAUCAGCAUGGCCAAUGUGUGAGAGGCUCUUGUAUAUGUAAUUCCGGAUGGAAGGGACAAUUUUGUGAAGAACUUAAUUGUCAUGAUCCAACGUGUAAUGCACAUGGUGCAUGUAUUGCUGGUAAAUGUUAUUGCAAAGCAGGCUGGCAAGGUGAACGUUGUGAUCAAGUUGAUCAACGAGUUUAUCAAUGUCUUCCUGGUUGUUCAGAGCAUGGUUCUUAUGAUCUUGAAAUAGCAGCAUGUGUUUGUGAAGAACACUGGACUGGUGUUGAUUGUUCACAGCCAAGUUGUGGUCUUGAUUGUGGUCCACAUGGUUCAUGUGAACAAGGACGUUGCAAAUGUCAUGAUGGUUGGACAGGUACAAAAUGUGAUCAAAAACCUUGUGAUCAACGUUGUGCUGAACAUGGUCAGUGUAAAAAUGGUACUUGUGUUUGUAGUCAAGGCUGGAAUGGAAGACACUGUACAUUACCUGGUUGUGAAAAUGGUUGCAGUAGAAAUGGCAUAUGUUCACUUCAAGAUGGAGAAUAUAGUUGUGCAUGUUCAACAGGAUGGGCGGGUCGUGAUUGUAGCAUUGGACUAGAAAUGGAAUGCAGUGAUCAAAUUGAUAAUGACAAUGAUGGAAUGGCUGAUUGUUUUGACAGUGAAUGUUGUUUACAUCCAUCUUGUGUUAAACAUCUGAUGUGUCUGGUAAGCAGUGAUCCAGUUGAGGUGUUACUUCGCAAACAACCACCAAGUGUUACUGCAUCGUUUUAUCAACGUGUCAAAUUUCUCAUCGAGGAAAAUAGUGUCCAGAGUUAUGUACAUACAGACGAGUAUGGUGAAAGUGCGUUCUGGAGUUCCUUUACACCGUGUCGAGUUGCUGUGAUGAGGGGCCAAGUUGUUACGGAACAAGGACUUGGAAUUGUAGGAAUACGAGUUUCAGUCGACAGAAAUUCAAGAUUUGGAUUUACUUUAACGAGGGCUGGAGGAUGGUUCGACGUUCUUGUAAAUGGUGGAGGAGCUGUGACACUUCAGUUUCAACGCAACCCAUUUAAACCUUUGACAAGAACAGUAUUUGUACCAUGGAAUCAAAUUGUUGUAUUGCCACCAGUUGUAAUGACUUUGCCAGACGAUACUGAAUCCUACAAAUCAACUCAACCACCAAAUCCAUCUGUUGGCUUUCCAGGAAUUUCAAUGGGACUUUUUGGUGAUGAUGGACCUUGUAUGGAGCAUGAUCAUGAAACUUUGAGGCCUAUCAUUGUUGGCACUUGGAUGCCUGAAAAAGUUGGAGGAUUGCCAGGAAAAAGUCUCGUAUUUGCUGAAACUCAGAUUGUACAAGAGAGUAUUUCAAUACCUGGAUCAAAUGUUCAUUUGAUGUAUCAAAGCAGUCAAGCAGCUGGUUACUUAUCAACAGUAAGAAUGCAAUUGACUGGUCCAUUUAUACCAGCAUCACUAACACAUGUACAUGUACAUGUUGAAAUUGAAGGUUCUGUUCAUACAAAAACAUACGAGGCAGAUCCAAAAUUAAUUCAUACAUUCGCAUGGAAUAAACGUAAUGUUUAUAAACAAAAAGUAUAUGGUGUUGCACAAGCAAGAAUAUCAAUUGGUUAUCAACACUCAACAUGUACAUCAGUUAUUUGGGAAACACAAACAGCAAUGCUACAAGGUUUUGAUGUUGAUAUAUCAGAUGUUGGUGGUUGGGGUUUAGAUAUACAUCAUCAUUAUAAUUUUCAUGAGGGUAUAUUACAAAAGGGUGAUGGUUCAACACUACAUUUUAAACAAUAUCCAAGAACUGUUAAAGUUAUAAUGGGUACAGGCCUGCAGCGAUCAUUAGUUUGUCAAGAUUGUGAUGGUUUAGCUAAAGAUGCUAGAUUACUUACACCAGUUGCAUUAGCAAGUGGUCCUGAUGGUAGUAUAUAUGUUGGUGAUUUUAAUCUUGUUCGUCGAAUAACACCAGAUGGUAAUGUAUUUACUGUAUUAAUACUAAGUGCAACACAAGUUGCAUAUCAAUAUUAUUUAUGUGUAUCACCAGCUGACGGACAUUUGUAUAUAAGUGAUCCAGAAAAACAUAGAAUAUUAAAAGCAUUGUCAUUAGAACAAGUAUCAGAUCCAAGUAUAAAUAUUGAACCAGUUGUUGGAAGUGGUGAACGUUGUAUACCAGGUGAUGAAGGACAUUGUGGUGAUGAGGGACCAGCCAUUUCUGCUAAAUUAGCACAUCCAAAAGGUAUUGCUAUUGCAGCUGAUAAAACAAUGUAUAUUGCUGAUGGUACAAAUAUUAGAGCUGUUGAUUCACGAGGUAUUAUUCAUACACUUGUUGGUCAUCAUGGACAUCAUAAUCAUUGGUCACCAGCACCAUGUGUUGGUGCAAUACCAGCUCAUCAAGCACAGCUACAAUGGCCAACUGGUUUAACACUAAGUCCACUUGAUGGAUCAUUACAUUUUAUUGAUGAUCGUUUAGUAUUAAAAUUAACAAGUGAUUUAAAAGUUAGAGUUGUUGCUGGUACACCAUUACAUUGUACAAGUAAUGCAAAUAAUCAACUUGAACUUGUUAAAAGUAAUUCAACAUCAUCAUCAUCAUCAACUACAACAACAACAUCAACAUCUAAAACAUCAUCAUCAUCUACGUCAUCUACGUCAUCAUCAUCACGAAAAAAUAAUAAAAAACAAAUUGCUGUACUUGGUUCUGUGUUGGCUGUUAGUUUUAGUCCAACUGGUGAACUUUAUAUUGCUGAUAGUGAUUCACAUCGUAUUAAUUCAAUAAGAGUUGUUGAUUCAUCUGGUAAAAUGACAUAUUUUGCUGGUAGACAACAGGAUAAAUAUCAUGGUCUUUGUGAAUGUAAUAAUACAAAUAAUAAUUUAAAUAAUAUUAAAAAACAUAAUGAUAAUAUAUGUUGUAAUGAUGAAACAUUUAAUGCAAAUAGUGACACAUUAUUAUCAUCAAAUGCAAAAUUUAAAGCAAUAUCAGCUUUGGCUGUAUCACCAGAUGGUGUUAUUCAUGUUGCUGAUCAAGGAAAUUUACGUAUACUUGCAUUAGAACCAUAUUUACCAAAUCAUGAUGAAAGUGGUGAAUUCCAUAUACCAUAUCCACCAUCAAAUGAAAUAUAUGUAUUUAAUAGAUAUGGACAACAUGUUGCAACAAAAGAUUUAACAUCAAGUAAAACAAGAUAUUCAUUUUUAUAUACUAAAAAUACAAGUUUUGGUAAAUUAUCAACAGUUACUGAUUCAGCUGGUAAUAAAAUUACAUUUUUACGUGAUUAUAGUGGUGUUGUUAGUUCAAUUGAAAAUACACAAGAUCAUAAAUCAGAUUUAAAAAUAUCUGGUGUUGGAUUUUUAGUUAAAUUAUCUGAAAAAGGACGUUCUGAAAUAGCACUUGAUUAUGAUAGUUCAAGUGGUUUAUUAACAAGUCGUUCUGGUGGUGGUGAAACAUUUAUAUAUAAUUAUGAUAAUCUUGGUCGUUUGUCUGACGUUAUACUACCAACUGGUGAAAUUAUUAAAAUGCAAUCUGGUUUAUCACAUGAAACAGAAGUAUUUACAGUUAAAGUUGAAGCACCACUUCAAGCACUUGCUAAAAUUGAUAAAAAUCGUAUUAUUAAUUAUAAAAUGGAUAAUGAUAUAUCAACAAUAUUAGAAAUAAUUGAUGGUCCAAAAAUAAUGAAAGCAUCAAGUUUUACAAAUAGCACCUUGGAAAUUCAACUACCAAGUGGUGGUAAAAUAAUAAGUGCAGCAAUAACAAAACAUCCAUUGCUUGAAUUAUCAUUACCAGUUGAAGCUGAAAUGUUACCAAUGUGGAGUUAUCAAGUAUUGACAAUGGGCGAACUAACAAAUACCAUGAAAACAACAUAUGAUUUAAUUGGUGAUGUUAGUCAUUUACAACAAAUAUUAAGUCGUGAAAUAUGGGUUAAUGAUACAAGAGUCAUUGGUAUUGAAUUUGAACAAGCAUUUAGUCGUGAAACAUUUUAUGAUCAAUUUAAAAAUCCAUUAUUAACUGUUACAUUUGAUCCAGCUGGUUUACCAUUAUCAUGGCAACCACGUGAUGAUAGCCAUUCAUUAAAUAUAACAUAUGAUAGAUUUAAUCGUAUAGAAAGUUGGAAAUGGGGUAAUUCAGAUGAAUCAUAUAUAUAUGAUAGAAGAGGACAACUUGCUAAAAUAACAAAUAGCCAAGAUGGUACACGUACAUUUGAUUAUAAUGAUAUUAAUAUGUUAUCUAAAAUAACACUGGCAAGUAAUCGUCAUUAUUUAUUAGAAUAUGAUGAUAAUGGUGGUCUUAAAAAUAUUGUAUUACCAGCUGGUACUAAACAUUCAUUUUCUUGUCAAGCAUCAUUAGGCUUUUUACGUGUAACAUAUGUACCACCUGGUAGUACACGUGCAUAUUUACAACAUUAUAAUCAUGAUGGUAAUAUAUUACAAACUGUAUUUCCUGGUGAUGGAGCUAGAAUUGUAUACAGAUAUUAUCCAUGGGGACAAUUAUCAGAAAUUGUACAUGGUGAUGGAAAAAGUGAAAUACGUUAUACUGAAAGUGGUUUACCACUUGAAGUAAUACAUACUGAAAAAGACAUUGAAUACAGAUGGGAUUAUCAAUAUUCUGGUGGUUUAUUAGUUGAAGAAAGAAUUGAUUUUGAAGCUAAAACUGGUUUAAGUAAUGCUAAAUUUACAUUUGAUUAUGAUUCAAAUUAUCGUUUAAUUGCUGUACAAGGAAGAAUUGGUGGACAAACAUUACCAACACAUACACUAUCAUAUAGUCAAAAAAGUGGUUUAUUAGAACAAAUUGGACAAUUUAAAGUAACACAACCAGAAACAAAUAAAACAACUGUAUUUGAUGGUACUGCUGUAUUUUCAAGAACAACAAAUAAAUAUUUUUGGGAAACACAAGUAACUGUUACAAUACAUCGUCUUGAAGUAUUUAGAAUGGAAUUUACACAUGAUUCAAAAGGUAGAAUAAAUCAAACACGUACUGAUACAAGAAAUGUUGGUGUUAAUACAUAUACCAAUGUUAAAAAUUAUACAUGGGAUAAUGAUGGACAAUUAACUGGUGUUGAAGCACAAGAACCAUGGGGUUUUAAAUAUGAUGCAAAUGGUAAUAUGUUAUCAUUGACAUAUCGUGGUAAUACAAUACCAAUGGAAUAUAAUUUAAUGGAUAGAAUUGUUAAAUUUGGUGAUGGUCUUUAUAAAUAUGAUAAUCGUGGUCAAGUUGUACAAAAUGCUAGAGAAGAAAGAUUUAAUUAUAAUGCAAAAGGUUUAUUAAUACGUGCAACUAAAAAAGGUAGAUUUGAUGUUAGAUAUUAUUAUGAUCAUCUUGAUAGAUUAGCAACAAGAAAAGAUAAUUAUGGUAAUGUUACACAAUUUUUUUAUAAUAAUCAAAAAAGAAUACAUGAAGUUAGUCAAAUAUAUAGUCCACGUGAUGGUAAAUUAAUGUCACUUGUUUAUGAUGAUAGAGGACAUCUUAUUUAUGCACAAAUAUAUCGUCAUAAAUAUUACAUAGCAACUGAUCAAUGUGGUACACCAAUUAUGAUAUUUAAUCAAUAUGGUGAGGGUAUAAGAGAAUUAAUGAGAUCACCAUAUGGACAUAUUGUUUAUGAUUCAAAUCCAUAUUUAUAUUUACCAGUUGAUUUUUGUGGUGGUUUAUUGGAUCAAGUAACAUCACUUGUACAUAUGCCAAAUGGUAAAGUAUAUGAUCCACUUAUUGGACAAUGGAUGUCACCAUUAUGGGAAAAUGUAUUGGAUCGUAUUGCAUCACCAACACAUUUACAUUUAUAUAGAUUUAAUGGUAAUGAUCCAAUUGAUGUUGGACAUGCUGAUAAUAGAAAUAAUCAACCAACUGAUCAUAUAUCAUGGCUUGGACAUCUUGGUUAUGAUAUUAAAAGUUUAGCACCACAAUUAUUUACAAGUGAAUUAUCAAAUAGUUUAACACCACCAUCAUUAACAUCUGGUGGACAAAUAUUUUCUGGUAAAAAGAAAACUAAAAAUCUUGGUGUACAAUCUGGUUUUAUGGCACAUAUUGCUGAACGUCAUUCUGGUGAUGCUGCUAGUUUAUCAGCACCACCAAGAUCAGCACUUAAAAAAGAUUUAAGUGAACUUAUACCAAGUCGUUUAGGUGCAAUAUCAGAUCCACCAUUUGGUGAAGGUAUAUUAGUAUCAAGAACACCUGAUGGACAAGCUGUUGUAUCAAGUGUACCAGCAGCAAAUUCAAUAUAUCGUGAUGUAUUUACAACAGUAUUUAAUCGUUCAUAUUUUCUUCCAUUUACAUUUGUCGUUCAUAAUGCACAACAAGAUGCAUUUUAUUUUGUUAAAGAAGAAAUAUGGAAAUCAAGUACUGAUCGUGAACAAUUAAAACGUCUUGGUGGUCAAGUUAAUACAACAUUUCAUGAAAAUGAUAAUGGUAGUGGUAGUAGUGUUGAUGUUAAAAUUCAUGGUACAAAUUAUGUUGUUAAUUUACGUUAUGGUACAACUGCUGAUAAAGAAAAACAAAGAUUAUUACAUCAUGCUAAAACAACAGCAAUUAGAAAAGCUUGGCAUCGUGAACGUGAAGCAUUAAAAGCAAAUACACCAACAACUAUUGAAUGGAUGGUUACUGAACAAGAUGAAAUAACUAAAAAUGGUUUUGCAUCAAAUUAUGAUGGUGAAUAUGUACAUGAUGCACAACUAUAUCCAGAACUUGCUGAGGAUCCGUAUAAUAUACGCUUUGUUAAAAAAUCAGCAGAUCCAUCAAGUAAAAAAAGACGUAGGAGGCGAGGUACACCAUGUAAAUUAUGGUAUUUUGGUGAAAUUUGCUAGAAAAUACAUUAACCAACACAAUUUAAUUAACAUUAACCAACACUAUCAAACAAAAAAUUUUAUACCAAAGUCUAUUUGUGUAUUUCUAUGAUGCCAAACAGUAAAUGAAAAAUGAAAAUUAAAAAAAAAAUAAAUAAAUAAAAUAAAGAUGUUAUAUUGUAAAAGCUAUGAUAAGAUUAUAUAACAUUUAAGGAUUUCUCUCAUUUACGAGGACGUGAAUGUGUGAGUUUUUUUGUGGAGGAAAUGUGUUUCUAUAUUAUAUUGAGAGAAACUUUCGACUGACUUAUGUAUUAUCUACGAAUGUGCUUGUUGUCCUGCACAUAAUUAACAACUAAAAAAAAAAAAUAAAAAACAAACAAAAAAAAUAAAUAUAUAUAUAUAAAUAUUAUUAAGUAUUAUUAAUAAUAAAUAUAAAGAAAAAAAAAAGAGUUGUAUAUUUAAGUGGUUGUGCAAGGUAAAUAUAAAAUAUUAUGGACAAAAAAAAAUUGAGUGAAAUUUGUUCGAUGCUGGUGACUCGUAAUGAGACAAGUUGAUGAUAAAUAAAUGAGCCUAGUCAAUAAAUAAGCUUUACAUCAACGAACAAAAAAUCAUCUAAAUUAAUAUGAAAAAAUUAUAAAUAUUAAUUCAAUAAUUUAAUGUACAAAGUGAUUAGUGUUGUACAGUGUGCAGUUUAUAUUGCCAAACAAUUUAAAUAGUGGACAUACGCACACAAUAUUUAUUAUUUAAAUAAUAAACAUUGAGUGAAUUAUUAAGUGUCUAUAAAGUGAUUAAUUUGCGAUACGAAUUAAAUUAUUUUUUAUUAUUUUUUAUUAAGUAAAACAAAAAAAAGGGUAUAAGAAGAAAAAUAAUGGAAAAAAUAGAAAAAAAAAAAAAAAAGUAAUUGUUCGAAAUAGUGGUGCUUGGUCUUUAAAUAAAAUUAUCAAUGAGUGUAAAAAAGACUGACACAACAAUGCUUUUUAAUUGAGAGGCUUAACAAUGUAUUUUUAAACGUAAAAAUAAUUUAUAAAAACAAAAAAACAGAUUGAUAAAAUAUUGCUGUAUGUAAAUGAAUGUAACAUCUGAUAUUUGUAAUUGCUGGCUAUGAUUAUUAAUAUUAUUAUUAUUAAAAUUGCUAAUUAUUAUUAUUUAAAAAAAAACACAGUACGUUUGUCCACAAAAAUAAAUAAGUGUAUUAUCAAUGAAUGCGAAUGUUGAUGUCUUUAUUAAGACUUCAAUUCAUUUUUGUAUUUAAUGUUGUUUUUAUUUUUAAUCAAAAAUUUUUGUUUUUAUACUGUGAAAAUAAUAAAUAAUAAAUAAUUAUUUCAAUGAUAGUUGCACAACGUAAUUUAUCAUGUUUCGAUAAAAAUGAAAAAGAUAUAAAUAAUUAAUUAUGAAAUAAGUGUAUUAAAAUUAUUAUAAAAAUAGACAAAGCUUGAUCAUUUAUUAAUUGAUUUAACGACAACGCGAGCGGGUAUCUCGACGUUAACAAUUUUAUAAAAUAUUUUUGUUGAUUUAAAAUUAACAAAAUUGAAAAAUACACAAAUUAAUAAUCAAAUAAAAUUUUAAAUAAUUAACAUUGGAUAAAGUCAACGUUGAGAUACUUGUCGCAUUAAAUUUAUCACAUUUAUAAUGUUGAAAAUAAAUCGACUAUUUUUUAAAAAAAUACGUGUCAAAUUAAAUGAAAAAAAAUAAAUAAAUAAAUUCAAAAUUUGCCUAUAAUAUUAGAGAGAAAAUAAAAAAAAAAAAAUUAAAUAAAAAAAUAAGUAGAAAAGAAGAAAUUUAACAAAACAAAAAAUUCAUUUAAAAAAAAAAAACAAAGUUGUUACUAUCAAUUGCUUCUCAACUUAAAUUAAAUUUUGAUCUAAAUUUUUAAUAAAAAAAAAAAAAGAAAAUAAAAAAAGUGUUUCUUAGUGAUAUUCUCGUUGAAUGAUCUGAUAAAAAUGAAAUUUUAAAAAAUAAAUUAUUUGAAAAUAAAAGCACAAUAUUGAGCUACGACCACUAUUAUAUAUCUAGGUAGACAAUGCUAUUUUGCCGAUGGUCUGAUUGUUUACUGUCACCUAAUUGCUGUAAACCUAAAUUAAAUAUCUACUACCAUACACAAUAUAUAUUUUAUUUAUAUAUUAUUAUCUAAUCAACUGUAUAUUUACUGUAAAUAGUCACGAUGUUUGCUAUGAUAUAAAAAUAAUAAUUAUAUAUAUAUGUAAUUGGAUGAAAAAGAAAAAAAAAUAUUGCCUGAAAAAAGAAAAAAAAAACCCCAUUUUUAUUCCUUAAUUAUAAUUAAUAUAUUUUUAAUUAUCAAUUUUAAUUUCAACUCAAACGUUGAUGCAUAUUCCAAAUAAAUUAAAUAUAAAUAUUAAUUGUUUUUUUUUAAUAAUUAUUAAAAAUUAAUUAUUACGCACCUCAAUGAAAUUAUCAAUUGUAUUGUAUAUGUAUAAAAAAAAAAAAUAUCAAUUGUAUAUUUCUUGAAAAGAAAUUGCCACAAUAAUUCAAUUUUUUACUUGAAAAUGAAACAAAAAAAAAAUAUAUAUAUCAAGAUAAUUAUAAUAUUAGUAAAAAUUGCUGUCGCCAAUUUAUGUACAAUUUUUUUUGAAGAAUGAUCCUGAAUGAUCAAGUGAAAUAUAAAUUAUCAAAAUAAAAAAAAUUAUUCAGUUCGUCAAAAUCACUGCCAUUAUUAAUGGCAAAUGGAGACUGGACGAUAAAUUAUGUCCAAUAAUAAUUUACAAUAUUUAUUAAGUGCGAUAUAUUAAAUGUUUUCAAAAAAAAAAAA